GCUGAAGAUAGACUGGCAAAAAAGGUGGGUUACCAUGGAGACCCUUAGACACCGAGCCCCCAAAUAUCACACAUCCAGGAGGGGAUGAAUCUGACUGCGUUCACAAGUGUGAGAUUUUAUAACUUUUUUAUACUAUUUUAAACUUUUAAAUAUUAUUUUUUACCAUGAAGAAAAGGAGAAAGGUUGCUGUUAAACCUAAUCUCUGCUCAUCUCACGAGAACCCAAAAGAACUUCCUGCAAGCUCUGCCUCUGAGCAGUGUAAUCCUGAGACGCUUUCCUUAGACAGAAACACUAGCGUUUGUCAAGCUUUAGAUCAGAGAAAACUGUUCAGUUCUCUGAAUUACAACAGGAACUUGCUGAAGUAUUUGAAUGAUGAUCGUCAACGCCAGACAUCAUUUUGUGACCUUGUCAUUGUUGUGGAAGGGAAAGAAUUCCAUGUGCAUAAGGUGGUGGUGGCAGUGGGAAGCAGUUACUUCCAUGCUUGUCUCAGCAAGAACCCACAGUUGGACACGGUAACUCUCGACCAUGUGAGCAGCCUCGUGUUUCAGCACUUGCUGGAGUUUCUCUACACCUCAGAGUUUCUGGUGCUGGAAAGUGAAAUAAGAACUGUUCUGGAGGCAGCAAAGUUUCUUGAUAUCAUAGAUGCUGUGAAAUUGUUGGCCAAUGAAAAUGAUCUAAGUUCUUCGGAAAACCAACCUCUGCUGGAUGUAGGUGAAGAGCCUGUUAAUAAACUGGAAAACAGUCACAAGUGUGAACUGUGUGACCGGCACUUCUGCUACAGAAAGACAUUAGAAAACCAUAUGGGGAAAGCUCAUGGGUUGGGUAAAACAGAUACAAUCACUGGGGAUUUUGAUUUGUCAACCAGGAAAUCCCAGAGGAGGAGGAAGUGCCCUGUAAAGUUUGAAAAUGAGAAGGAGCAGGAGAGCGACUGUUCAUCCAAUAGUGACACCUCCCGGUAUAGCCAAGAUAGGACGGAGAUAGAUGAAUCAGAGAGCGAAAUGAAUGGGGAAGUGAAUGGCCAAGAGGACGAUAGAGAAAAAGAAAAUGGCCAAGGGGAGGCAGGAGGAGAAACAUCUGCUGGGGGUGAGGAACUAAGUGAUGAGGAUCUGGGUGACCCUGAAGAGCCAAACGACAAUUCAGAUAUUAUCAGGAGUUUCCCAGAUGAACUUGCUCCAAUCAUACUAAACAAUAGCGGCAAGAAAAUGUUAAAAUGUCCAAAAUGUGAGAAGGUUUUUGACCGUGUGGGAAAGUAUGAAAGUCACACUCGAGUGCACACCGGAGAGAAGCCAUUUGAGUGUGACGUUUGUCACCAACGAUACUCCACAAAAUCUAACCUGACGGUGCACAAAAAGCGACACAGCAGUGAUACCAUUAUUCACCAAAAAGAACACAAGUGCCCGUGCUGUAACAAGCUGCACGCUAGCAGAAAGACCCUCGCCAAGCACAUGAAGAGGUUUCAUCCAGAGAACAGCCAGGAAUUUCUUGCUGUUAAGAAACUAAAGAGUGAAAGUUGGAAGUGUGAUGUCUGCAAUAAAUCAUUUACACGGCGGCCGCACCUGCAGGAACAUAUGAUUCUACAUUCUCAAGACAAGCCUUUUAAAUGCUCUUACUGUGAAGAACACUUCAAAUCUCGAUUUCCACGGUUAAAACACCAAGAAAAGCAUCACUUAGGCCCCUUUCCUUGUGACAUCUGUGGUCGUCCAUUUAAUGACACCGGGAAUCUAAAGCGGCACAUCGAGUAUACGCACGGUGGGAAGAGGAAGUGGACCUGCUUCAUCUGUGGAAAAUCGGUAAGGGAAAGGACCACACUGAAGGAGCACAUGAGGAUUCACAGCGGUGAGAAGCCACACCUGUGCAGUAUCUGUGGGCAGAGCUUUCGUCACGGCAGCUCAUACAGACUCCAUCUCCGCGUUCAUCACGAUGAUAAGCGUUACGAGUGCAAUGACUGUGGCAAGUCCUUUAUACGCCACGAUCACCUGGCAAAGCACCGCAAGAUACACUCAGGUGAAAAAGAGCAUCAGUGUGAAGAAUGCGGAAAAUGCUUUGGACGUCGCGAUCACUUGACCGUGCAUUAUAAAAGUGUUCACCUGGGCGAGAAGGUUUGGCAGAAGUACAAAGCAACAUUUCACCAGUGUGAGGUUUGCAAAAAAGUCUUCAAAGGAAAAUCCAGCCUGGAAAUGCAUUUCAGGACUCACUCGGGUGAGAAGCCGUACAAGUGUCACGUGUGCAACCAGUCAUUUCGUGUGAAGAAAACGCUGACUAAGCAUCUGGUCAUCCACUCAGAUGCCCGUCCCUUUAACUGCCAGUACUGCAGUGCCACCUUCAAACGUAAAGACAAACUCAAGUACCACAUUGAUCACGUUCAUGGCUCAAAGUCAGCAGAUGAAGAUAAGGAGCCGGCAAGUGAAGAGCAGCAGAGCUAUCCAGUAGAGACCCAAAGUGUAGAAACUGAGAUCUGUGUGCCGCUCACCCUGGUGCCAGUGGAGAUGUCAGAGAGUGAGGUUGAAUUAGAGCAGCACACGGACCCUGCACUGCCAACAUCAGCAGAGUUCCAGAGGCCAACUGAUCUGAGCUUCUUGGAGAAGUACACACUUACCCCACAGCCUGCCACCCUCCUGCACCCUGUGAGAUCAGAGCAAAUCCUGGAGGGCAGAGAACAUACAUACCUGGGCACUUUGCUUGGGCUGGACCCACAGCCUCCUGUACAGAACAUUACCACUGAGAAUCCCUGAUCGGUGUGUAUUAAACCCCUAAGGGUAAUGGGCAAGAUCCUUCCAUUUACAGAUUAAGGAGUGGUUAACCCUACAUAAUGCACUGUGUAUUAUGGGGUCCGUUAUUGACUGCAUACAGUGGUUUAACCUCUUGCUUCAAUGUGUAGCCCCCUCUGGUGGUAUACAGUCACAUCAAAGAUAUUUAAUAAUACAGUAAACUGCUGUUAUAAAGUGUUGCCUUCAUUUAGUUGUUUAAAUAAUGUUUAAAUAAGAUCAAAUCCUACCUAAAAUAACAGUCAAGGAACUCACAUUUCUUGUCACAGCCCAGAAUGUUUUUAUCAUGAAUUUUAUUUAAUAGAUGUUUUUAUUAGACUACUCCAAAUCCUUUCUAGAAAAUGUACAAUGUGUUCUAUGAUUUUGUAUUGUAACAUAAAGCAUUGGUUGCAAAAAAACAGAUAAGCAAAAUAGUUUCAUAGGUUUUUGUCAGAUUUCAUUUACCGACUUGUGUUAUUUGGGGUCUCUUUAUAAUAAAGAAUCAAUUGCACACCCA